AGUCAGCAUACUUAUAUAUUAAUGCAAAAUUAAAUUGUUUUGCAAUAGUUAUUUGAUAAUCUAACACAAACCUAACUUAUUUUAUCUGAAGAUCUGAAGUUAAAUUAUCUGUGUUCAACUUCUGCGUUGUUUUGACAAUUUUGUUGAAAUGGCUAGUACGCUUGUCGCAGCAGGCAUAGGCCUAGCUGCAGUGGGUUUUACUGGACGUUAUAUACUUAGAAGAAUGCCAACUAUUUCUCAAAAGAUGUCAGAGGCAUUUAAAAAUAUGCCAAAAUUAGAUUCACAAACAUUGGCAAAUAACAAGUAUUACAAAGGUGGAUUUGAAGCUAAAAUGUCUCGACGUGAAGCUAGUUUAAUAUUGGGUGUAUCUCCAACUGCAAGCAAAGCAAAAGUAAAAGAACACUUUAAAAAAGUAAUGGUUGUAAAUCAUCCAGAUCGAGGAGGAUCUCCAUACAUUGCAGCAAAAAUUAACGAAGCAAAGGAUUUACUUGAAAAAUAACCCAAAUACACGUAGUUAAAUGAAGGACUAGACAUAAUAAUUUGUAUCACAUCUACAUUUAUUAAUUUAAUUCUAGCAAAAAAAAUUUAAUGUACAUAUCUAAUAACAUAAUAAGUAGAUCUUAUAUUUUAUUUAACUUAUAAUAAAAUUAUCUGUAAAUAAAUAAACUACUGGUUAUUUUAAUUGCAAUACUGUA